UAACAUCAACAGCUUUAGUCCAAGAUUGUUUUUCCCAAAUAACGGAACAUAAUUCUCAUUUGAAUGCAUUCAUAAAAGUGCAAAAUGAAAGUGCGGUAUUAGAAAAGGCUAAAGAAGCAGAUGAUAGAUUUAUUAAAGUUUUUAAGGCCAUUAUUGUAUGGAUAAUUUACGAAUAUACCUGCAAUAUAUCAAUAUCAGGAAUUAUUAAAGGACCUUUAGAUGGAAUACCUAUCACAUAUAAAGAUAAUUUUUGCACUAAAGAAUUACCAACCACAUGCGGAUCUAAGAUGUUAAAAAAUUUGCUUCAGGAUGCUGGUGCAAUAAUGAUUGGAAAAACGAAUAUGGAUGAGUUUGGAAUGGGUGCAUUUGGGCCAGUUUAUAAUCCCAUUGAUCAAGAACGACGAGUUGCUGGUGGAAGUUCUGGUGGUAGUGCAGCUGCUGUUGCUUCUGGAAUCUCUCUUGGAUCUGACACAGGUGGAUCUAUACGCCUGCCUGCUUCAUAUUGUGGUGUUAUUGGUUUCAAGCCUUCAUACGGUCAAUGCUCACGGUGGGGACUAGUUGCAUAUGCUAGUUCAUUGGAUACUGUGGUCAUUUUAAUCCCUUCAUUUUUAGAUAUAAUAUCAAAAUAUGAUGAGAAAGAUCCAUCUUCACUUCCACCAAAACUGCGCUCAAUAAAUGCCUCUUUGGCUUCUUUUAAUAAAACAAACUAUACUAAUUUGAGUGAAUUACGCGUUGGCAUACCACAAGAAUAUUAUGUGUCUGAAUUAAGUGAUCCGAUAAAAAACUUAUGGAAACAAGGAAUCUCUCUUCUUCGUUCCCAUGGUGCAACAAUUGUGUCUGUAUCCUGUCCUAGCACCAAAUAUGCAUUGCCGGCUUAUUACAUUUUAGCUCCAGCAGAGGCUUCAUCCAAUUUGGCACGAUACGAUGGGUUCGGUGAAGAAGUUAAACGUCGUAUUUUGUUAGGAACUUAUACAUUAACUGCAGGACCAAAUCCUCUUCAUCUCGUGAAAAAUGGGUUGUCUCUUUACAAUCGCAAUAAUGAUGAGAUUUUAGAAAUAUCAGAUCAGUUGAGAAAAAAAAAUAAUGGCGUGGACGUGAUAAUGACACCAGUUGCAAUUUCAACAUCCCCAAAAACUAAAGAUUCAUCUUUCUUAUCGAAUUCGUCAUCAUGCACUAGUACUGAUGAUACGAGAAACUUAGAUGGUGAUAAUAGUUUUGUGAAUGCUUAUGUAAAUGAUGUUUUUACUAUACCUGCAAAUUUGGCCG